AUGGACACACUACCGGUAGAAAUCCUCUUCGAAAUCAUCGACUAUCUCACACCCCGCGAACAAGUCCUACUCCAAUUCGUCUCAAAAAGUUUCCUCACUCUCGCUCGCGAUAAUACCCUUUGGAGACUUCACUGCUACGAGCAAUCAUGGGCUAAUAUCGAGGCGUCCCGACCCCGCUUCGUGGAGACAACUACGAGCCUCGUUGGCAAUCCGACGCCGUCACUCAGCUCGCUUGGGCAGGAAUCUCUUCUUUCCUUGAUUCAACCGCAUAGUACAUCUUCAUACGAGACUGGUCCAGACGGACGCACCGUAUCCUCGCUCGCAGAAAGGUCGAGAGCAGCGAUUGCUUGGGACCCGUCGUACGAGAGGGAGGAAAUUGAUUGGUAUUCGGAAUACAGGGAUAGACAUGGGCCGGUUUCUUUCAAUUGGCUACAGCAGCCGUCUAUCAAGAGACCUGGUAGCAAUAAGAAAGAGACCCCGGAGGUGAAAGGAAUUGGCUUGCUGCGAGACUGGAGUUCCUCAGAGCAGGACAAAGCGAUUGCGCCAUUGGAAGAUGGUAGUGUUUGCAUAUGGGAUUUGAACCAUUCCUACAGUGCUGCACCUCAGUCUAUCAAGGGUAGAGUCCUUGGUGUCAGUGCCCCGGGGAUUCUAACGGCUUCUGCCUCGGAAGAAUCACCAUCGGAGUUUCUGAAUCUGGGAGAAUGCGUGAGCGUGGACUCUGUCCGUCAACGGGCAUAUAUGGCCGUCGGGAACGUCCUAAACGAAGUGGAUAUGGAAACACUUCAGGUGGUGACGCAGCGGUGCUAUCCUUGUCCUGUUUUUGCUUUAUCGCAAGAAACGGACUAUUCAGCACCAUUGACGCUGGCUACGUGGUUGAAUAUUUAUGUCCAUGAUCCUAGGUUGUCUGCAUCAGGUUAUGCGGAAACUGAUGCUACAUACGCAUCGUUAUUACAACCCAAUCCCUUGUCUGUUCUACAUCCCCCGUCUUUACAUGAGCACACGAUUCUUGUCGCUGGCCGCUUUCCUGGCAUCUUGCAUUAUGAUCGUCGGUUCUUCCCUCGUUUGCAGAACAUUGUUCAUUCUGGUGGCAGUCUAUGCGAUCUUGCUUCAGCGCCUUCUCCACGAUUUCCGGUGCGUUCGGAUUCGAAUGGGUCGGAUCUGCAAAAGAUAGUUGCUUGUGGGGAAUACAAAGGUAGAGGCUCGCUGGAGCUUUAUGAUCUCACGCCGUCAGACGUGUCCUCCAAUCUUUCUUCGGCGGCAUAUCAAAACCGUCAGAGUGCUGCUCGGUCAAAGCUACUGUCUGUUGCAUCACACGGUGCUCGUAUUGUCUACUCCGACGCAGAUGGCAAUAUCAAAUGGACAGAGAGGGACGGACGCUCCGAAGUCCGUCGUUGGAAUAUAAACACUCAUCUGUCAGAUAUGAAAACAAACCAACGCAUGGCCAAUUCUGGAGCCGAAGCUGGGGAGUCGGACGAAGACAACUCCGAUAUGGGCGGUUUAUUCGCCAGUUCACGUGGUAACAAUGAAGUUGUCCAGAAAGUUGUGCCUACAGGGGGCAGUUUGAUAAGCGAUGAGCUACUCAUCUGGACCGGAGAGCGAAUUGGACGUCUUCAAUUUACUGGGAUCGCGGAGCCGGACCUUGACCAGGGGGAUGAAGAAGACUAUAUAUCUAUUGAUGAGGGACUUGACAGCACUACGCGUGGGGUGGUACGGGAACAAAGACGAGAGCAGCUGCGACGCGAGAAAGAGUAUGCCCGGACGAUGCGCAGGGCAUUGGAGACCCAGGCUGAUGAAGUCCGUCGGAUGGGAGAUUUUGGUUUAUGA